AUGUUUGCACACACGAACAUUGUAAGUUUUAUGCGAAACGCGCGCAGAUAAACGUACAUUCAUAAAAUUCGAAUCCCCGUACAAUAUUACGGUCGAUAUCGUAUUAUACUUCCGGGUUUAUAAGAUAACAUUAACAUUCGGUCGGAACUCAAUGUCAUACAGACCGUUUCGGCUGUGACGUUUUAAAGGACGCGUUAUAUUUUAUUAACAGCGCUUAAUAUACGAUUAUUAAACGGAAUGUUUUUUUUCUCAGUUAAACAAUGUAACGUCGUACGCUUUGCCGACGACGAAAAGCGAACUGUAUAUUUACGCCUCCGUCGUGAUUUCCGUCAUAUUGUGGUGCCGCAUGAGAUGGCAGUACAGACAAUUUUAUCGUCUCGCGCACAAGAUUAAAGGCCCGCCGUCGUAUCCGCUGAAAGGGUCGAUUUUCGAUAUGAGCACGACUCCCGAGAGUAAGCUAAUCAGAAACAUAAACGAUGCGAUACGAGACGUUUUGGUUUUCCGGGUCCAUAUCCCGGUAUCUCUUUUCGUGCGCAAUAUUAUUUGUGAAAUAUUACCUGUCGUUUCAGAAAUUUUGUACAAAUUUAAAGAAUCGGCCGUGAAAAACGAAUACGAACCAGUAAAGUUGUGGGUAGGACCAUUCCUUUUCGUCGGCGUUUACAAGCCAGAAGACGUACAAGUAAAUCGAUAUCGCCGUCCCUAAUAUAUUAUUUUCGCAACGCAUUUUCAACAAUCACUAUACAUAAUAUUGUAUAAAUAUCGUACGUUUCACGUUUUGGUUUCAGAUCGUAUUAAACAGUUCCAGCGCACUCGAAAAAGGCUUAAUAUACCACAUCAUCCGGCACGCAGUCGGCGAAGGUGUGUUCACCGCACCAAGUAAGUUUUCUCGCAUUUUUUCAACUUCAGAAAAAUAAUUAAAAAUGUAAUAAUAUUAUGUAAUGCAAUAAUAUUAACCUGAAAACGUUUCUUUUUCAGCAAUAUCUUAAGUUGACAAUAUACUAAAAAAAGAAAAAAAAAACAUAAUAAUAAUAUUCUCCAGAUGAAAACCUCAUAGAUUCAACAAUACAUCCUUCAUUAUCCGCUUCUGUUUAAAUAAAAGUUUUUUUGUUUUAUAUAUAUAUAUAUAGUCGACUACAUAUGUUUUAAAAAAAAAAAAAAAAAAACAUAAUAGCAUAAACACUUUGAUAAAAUCCAUAUAAUACUAUAUUUUUUAUGAAUACAGAUUUUAGACUAAUAAUUAAUAGGACGAAUUCAAAAAGAUUUCAUUAUUUUAUUAUUUUUUAGAUAUUUACUAACUUUAUCACAAUACGUAUUUUAUCUAUAUGUAGUUUCGGUAAUAAUUUGGCAUGCUACGUAGCUACAAACGAUUUAGACUUUUAAUAAUUUAACGGGACAAUGCACACCAGCUGGUUAUCGGCCAUAAAAUUAAAAUCGUUCAGAAGAGAGAAUUUAUAAGAUUACAUUUUUUUUUUUUUAUUUUACUCUUACAUCAGUGCUCGAAAUGGAAAAUAAUAUAUUGAACCAUAACACAUUUUUUUUGUUUAAAUACUUAUACAUUCAAAUAAUAUUAUACAGUAUGUUUGUAUGAUGCGUGGACAGCGAUAUUAAAAUAUGAAUAAGAAUUCCGUCCGUUUCGAGCACUGACUAAAGCACAUCCUCGGGCACAAAAAAAACUUAAAUGAAAACACAAAAUUUAAUUACAUUUCUAUAGAUACAUUUCUCUGUUGCUAUAGAUUAUUACGUAUCAAAUUACACGUAAUUUGUGUAGCGAUUUGGACUGGUUUUUUGAAAAAAUAAUAUCAGUUAUGUUAUAAAAUGACGGAAUAGUAUUUAUUUGAAAUAUUUUAAUAUUAAAUAUUUGUAUUCACGAGGGAUUAAUAAAUACAAUUAGUGGAUAUUGGGUUUAAAUAUUCGUUUUUGUUAUUCAUAAGGUUUUAUCUAUAUUCUAUUGAGGGGUAGGGAUGAAUGAUAUGUUUUGUCCUCCUGUGAUUUAAACGGGUGGAGGAGAGGGAGUCAUCUAUUCCGGUGCCACAGAAAUAUAUUAUAAAACCAUUGAUUUUCAGUGAGCAAAUGGAAAAAACACCGUCGCAUCAUAGCCACGAUAUUUAGCUCGAAAUUUCUGGAUCAGUUGUAUCCGAUUUUCAACAAGAACAAUAAAAAACUGGUCGAACUCCUUUCGAAACACACCAACGACACGCAACCGUUCGACGUUUGGGAUUACAUCAUAUCGUGUAAUCUGAACAACGUAAGCCGUAAGUCCGAAAAAGUAUUUGUGACGUAUUGAAUGAUGAUUAUAGAAUUUUAACAAAUUUCAAAUGUAAUACCACUUGUUGAUACUGUAGAGGCCGCUAUGGGUUACGACCGUAUCGAUAAACGAACGUUGGCCGAAUUCGUGCUCGCCAUGAAAAAGUAAAACAUUCGAUUAUUUGGAAGAUAGUAAACUGCGGCAAAAUUUCCCUUUUUCUAAGUUGUUAUGUAAACCGCGGCAAAAACAAAUUUAACAAUAUACAAAAUGCGGCAAUUUAUUUUACAGUUUUAAUUUUUAUUUACAGUACAAUUUAAUAUCGGUUUGUAUAAUAAAAAUAUUGGUAAAAUUGGGAAUUGAUUACAAAAGAACUUUCGUGCCUCGAGGUGGUAGAAAAAUGGCCAAAGGGGGUAAAUGGACGGGUUUUCGAAAAUUAUAACACUAGACAUGCAAAUGUAUAUGAGCUUUUAUAAGGAGCAUAUAAUUUUCUAUAAAAAGAUUCCUAUAAUAUUUUCUGAAAAUUAAAGAUUUUCCGAGAAAAAAAGUAAAAUACAAAAUAUUCUCAUUUAUUUGGUGAAAUUUGUAUUUGAAUUAUCUUUGGUUGUAAUCUGUCGCCAGUACAUUUUUCUUGUGGCUUGGGUACUUUUUACGAUAUUCUUGAACAACCUAUAUUAAAUAAAAAAUUUGAAUUAAUAUGUUGUAUACAUAUUAAUUCAAUUAUGUAAUAUGUGUAUACCGAUAAACGGAAAUCUAUUAAAUUGGUAAGGUAAAUCCAAAUUUAUCUUUACAUAGGAAUUAAAUAUCGGUUGCUUUACUUGUGAUAAUACUACUUAGAUGUCAGUUUAUAUGAUGGCUGUUUUUUUAAUAUUAGUUAAAUAGUAAUGUUCUUUUCUAUUUCAUAAUUUUAAAAUCUGUUUUUUAUAUAUAUAUAUAUAUACCCAAGUACUCUAAAAAGCUCCCAAUUGACUACCAAAAAAAUGUCUGUCGUCAGUCGUUACUCGGUUAUAUGUGUGCGACGGCGAGGAACGCCGUAGACCCAUAUUCUAUAAUAAUGCGUGCAUGUUCUUAGAUAGCGUACUAACGUUAUCGACCAUUGAUCGUCUUAUCGGUACGUAUGUUAUAAUAUUAUAUAUGUUACGGGCAAAGUAAAUAGUCGGGCAUUGUGUACGGUGCCCAAUUUUCGUGAGUAAAGUUUGAAUAAGUUUACAUUUUCCGCUUAUCGUACACAGUGUCCGACUUCAGGUUUGAACAAUGUACAUUGAAAACGUACUUUUUAUUGUACAAUAUUCGAUAAACGUUAACCUAACCGUUCUGUAGAAUUUAUUUUUCUGAAAAUUUGAACGAAUCACACAUUUAUGUCCGAUAAAUAGUUUCAAAGCAACAGCCGUUUUACAUUCUACUUAUCCGUGCGAAAACCGAUGUUAUCCAGAGAAUAACCCAACAGCGCAGUGGCGCUCACACAGUGCAGCGGUAGCGGUUGACGGUGGCGGUAGCGAUACAACAAACCGCCGCCGUGUUCACACUGCUGCGGCGGCGCUAGAGGUUUACUAUGCGUUUAUAAUUUUAAUAUUUUUUUACGCAAAUAAAUAGUAUACAUAUAUACCUAUACCGUGGAAUGAUGAAAAAAAUCUGAAAAACCGUGUGGUUUGCAGUGUGUGGACUCCAAUGACAACACGCGAGUUCUAUUAAACUGCUACCGCUACCGCGGCGGCUAGUGUGUAGGCACCUUUUACGCGAUAUCAUCGGUUUUCACGCGGACUAGUAGAAUUUGAAAUGGCUGUUACUUAGAAACUGUUCAUCGGAUAUAAAUGCGUGUUACACCAAGAUUGUCAGGAAAAAAUAGAUUCUACUGAAUGGCUAUCUUAAAAUUUUCCGAAAAUAAUAAAAUAAAAAGUUAUUUAUUUUAAUUGUUUUGAUUUAAAAAAAAAAAAUUUAUUCAAAUAUACAUAUUUUCAGUCCUCAUCCCAGUGAGUAAUAAAAAAAAACAGAAUUCGAUUAUUAUAUUUCCGGAGAUAUUCAAAGGGUAUAUCUUCGUGGGACAGCCUGUAUACCUAAUAAGUAUAUGAAAUAAAUUGCCGCUGUUUUUAUGAUGUAUCUUAUCGGUUUUGCCACAGUUUGUAUAAUGUUAAAUUGGUUUUUAUCACAGUUUUACAUAUCGACUUUUAAAAAGGGGGAAAUUUUACCGAAGUUUACAUACAACCGAUUAUUUUUGUCAUUAUAUUAUAUUUUUCAACGUUUAAAUUUUGCUUUAUAAACUAUUUACAAAUAUUUGAUAAUUUAGUGUACCUAUUAAAAAAAAAAGGGUGGCGGGCAAACGUGUUUUAGGGUUUCAGAACUGAGUAAUUGCAUUGUAAAACCGUGGUUGUAUCUCGAUCAGAUUUUCGCCGUUUACGCGUACAUCACCGGUCUGAAAGUAUACUUGGAUCAAUUAAAUAGGGUUUCAUUACAGGUAAGACUGGGUUUAAAUAUGAAAUUUAAAAAAAAACACGAGUUUCAAAGUUCAGUCAUUUGAGUCGAAUUUUCCCCCCAGUUGACUUACUGCUGUUGAAACACUUAGCUGUUUUUUUUUCAAUACAAUGGUGAGAAAAUAAAAAGAAAAAAAUGUUUACAAAAAUAGACAAAGUAUAUUUCUCGAGAUUUUCGUUAAUGAACAAACAACGGUUUUCUUUACACAAUAUACACAUUUUAAUCAUAUCACUUACUUUCUCGAGUCUGUCAAGAUGUUUAAAACCCGCUGUUUCCUGUGAAAACUUAAAAUCUGCACAUGAAUGCAAAUAUACAAAGUGUCCCACCGUGUUUAACGUCCCCAUUAUAUUUUCUUUUUAGAAAAAAAUUUAAUUUUCGUUCUUAUCCCUUAUCCCUAAAAAGAAAUUUAUAUUUGUUCACUUUACAAAAUUUUCGAAGUAGCCAUUUUGUAAAAGGUAUUAUUCUAAAAAUUCGAAUACAACAUACAUUAAUAGUUUUUUAGUAACAACCAUUUUGAUUUCCAAUGUUUUCAAUUUAUAACGCAAUAAAUCAAGCUAUUCCUUAUCGCCUUACGCAGUAGUCUCGUUUUUCACACAGUUUCACUAAAAAUUAAAAUGACUUUUUUUACAAAACUAUUGAUUAAAUAUGUAUGUAUGAAACGGUACAAUAUUUGCAACAACAUGUAUAUUUUACACGAAGAAAAUAACUAUCAAUACUAACAGCAGACACAAUAUAUAGUGCAAAUGUCUCCAUUUCGGGGGAAAAUUCGAAAAAAAACAUUAAUUGAAUACCAGUAAUAAUCUAGAGUUUUAUAAAUGUAUACAUUAUAGAUAAUAAGAGACAAAAAACUCGAAUUUAAAACUACGAUGGCGGCACAACAGUCAAAUAAAUCGGCAAACGGCGACGUUACCGAAAAAACAAGUACGAAACCAAUAUAUUAUCUGUUUAAAAAUGUGUUUACAGCUUAAAUGCACAAUAUCGAAUUCAUCGAAACGUGAUUUCAGAUAAGAGUUCUAUAAAAGUGUUUUUGGACAAGUUGCUCAAGUUGAACAAUGAAGGAGCGGAUUUCACGGACGGCGAACUCAAGGACGAGGUCAUAACGAUGACAGUCGCGGUAAUACCAAUUUUAGUAACACACGAGUCUAGCGGCUUGACGGAUUACAAUAUCAAAAUAAUAAUAUUAUCCGACUUGCGUACAAUUAUAUCAUAAUGGUUUCGUUUAGGGCAGUUUAGUUUAGUGCCCAACCGGGGGUUAAUUACUCCUAGGCAGGAAUUUCGAUACAACUACACGGGAAGAAGAUAAUGACUAUAAAAUAACAAGAAUUUUGUUGCCGAAAAAAUUAUGCCAUUUUACAUGCAGUAAAAUUUAAAACGAUAAAUUAAUUUUAUAGUUGUAUGAUCUAUAGUUAUUUUGUAAAAUGUAUUUAUACGGCUUGCCAAAAAAAAAAAUAAAUAAAAAACGCCGUCUAACCUCUAAUAGUCUUAUCAAAUUUAAAAGAUUUUUGAAAAUUUACAAGAGUAGCGUAUAAUAAAAGAAGUUGGGAGUCACUGGUAUAGGAAUACGUUAUACCUGCAUGUGCUGUGCUUAUCUUAUAGCCACGUGUCAUUGGCACAUUUUCGUUUAACAUGGUCAACUCUGUGCCGUUAGUUUUAAUAUUAUUACAGAUUGAAUCGACCUAUUAUUAAACUCAAAUAUAUUAUGAAAAUUGUAUGCGUCGUUUCCUUUUCGUGAUUUAAAUUUUUAAGCAAGACAGCGUUUUUGAAUCGUUAUAAUUCACGCAGUCGUAUCUUGAAGAUUAAAAAAACGACGACACGACACUGUUAAUGUUCUUAUUUUUAAGCUUGAUAAUAGUUAAAUUUAUUCUUAUAAUAAAACUGACGAUACAGAUUGGUCCCUGCUGAAAGACAAUUUGCUAUGCUGUAAGACGCAGACUGCAUAUGCAGCAAUAACGUCCUCAUCUUAACGUUAUUAUUCCGAAUACAGGAAUGAAAACUACUAGUUACCGUACACAGUUUCAAAAUUAAAAAAUACAGAUUUUCGUAUGAGUUCAAUACCAGAUACGUGAUAAUAUUAUUCCCGAAUAGAUACCGCGAGACAAUGGUGCAACCAAGAUUUCUUGUUGAGAAGGAGGGCUAAAUAGGCUGGUGUUUGAAUCAUAGAAGUAGGUAAAGGAUGUCUAGAAGUACGAAAGUAUUCCAAAAAAAAAAAAAAAAGAUUGUUUAUAAAGUAUUUUCAUCAAUAUACAUUUUAAUAUACCUAUAAUAAUGUUUACGAAAAUUAAUAAAAUAUCUUAGUAUAGCUUGUAACUGUAUACUAUAAUAUUGUAUUAUUAUAGGAAUGUAGAACCCUCUGAGAGCUGUAUCCAUUUUGGAGAAUUUUGAGCGUAGACCAUAAUUAUAUCGGUUUCAUUGUUGUCUUCUCUUUAAUUUACAUUAUCCGUGACUAAUCCAUUGUAUCUAUUUUCUAGCAUAUAAUAUGCAAUUGCUCCUCGUUUUUAUACGGUCCAGUGUAGUAUACGUUAUUACAAGAGUGGAAGAAAUAACCGGGGAAACGUAUUUGACACUCAAAUAAUCAUAAAACGGUACGCGCACAUAAAUAACGGCCCAUGUGGGGAGGAUUAUAGUCACCCCCUUAGAACCCUCUGACUUCGCUUCUGCCUCGAGAUACCCGAAAGCGAACGUAUUAAUUGUGUAAAACGCAAAGAAAAAUAAAGCGAAUUUAUAUCCGAGACUUUAAUGAUACCGUUUAAAUUUAAUCGAUAGUAGGAUAAAAAACGAUUAUUUUUGAACGUUUGUUAAACUUGUUGUGAAUUUCAGGGUAGUGACACCAGUGCUAUUAGCGAAUGUUUUUGUGUACUGUUGUUAGCCAUGCAUCAGGAUAUCCAGGUAAAUCUUAAGAACAGAUAGCAUCUAAUUAUUGUUGUAGCGUUCUGUUCGGUUUGCGUUUUCCACGUAAAAUAUUAAUAAUAAUGCAAUUCUGUAUAUACAGGACAAAGUUUACGACGAGAUUUACAACGUGUUAGGCGACAGCGAUCGAGACGUUACACCGGACGAUUUGUUUCGAUUUAAAUACUUGGAAAUGGUUUUGAAAGAAACCCUCCGGCUGUUUCCGCCGGGUGCGAUUUUUUCGAGAAAAACUGACGCUAACAUACGACUCAGUGAGUUACCGUGACUUUACGCAAAUCUUAUACUGAAUAAACACUUACUCAAUAUACUAUAUGAAACGAAACUUUUUUUUUUUGAAAAAACUUUGCGAAAAAGGAUAAUCAUUUUUUUUCAUUUAAUGAAUUCGUUUUAUUUUUACACAGCAAACUGCGAACUGCCAAAGGGCUGUAACGUUUUCGUGUCUCCGUACGUCACGCACCGUUGCCCGGAGCUGUAUCCUGAUCCGGAUUCGUUCAAUCCUGAAAACUUUAGUCCCGAGAACGAGUCCGAACGACAUAAGUUUAGCUUUUUGGCCUUCAGUGGUGGUCCCAGAGGUUGUCUAGGUAUAGUAUAUUUUAAUAGAAAAAACGACAAUCAGUAGGUAGGAUUUGUAUACGUUGUAUAGAUCGCUUAUAAUUACGCUAAAGUUAAGUUCUUGAAAAAAACAAAUUUUUGAAUUAUUUACUUUGGAGAGCAAAAAAGCCACCAAAGUAUUUUAAUGGAGGAUAUUUGUCGAAGCUCCGAAUAAAAAUGACCGAUGUGAGAGUAGCGGUAUGAAGGAAUCGUUGAACAAAGGAAAAAACGUAAUCAUUCAGACCGUUAUUUUGUAGUCAAGCUGUCAAGCUUUUCAUAAAGUACAAUUUUCAGCAAAAUCCUAAAAAGGACAUCGAUAGAAAAGAAAAAAAAAAAAGGUUUGGUUGAAUUUUUUUCAACAAUAAUUUAUACACAGACUCGUGGAGUCGUACAAUUUUCUAGCGCAGGCUCUGGAGUCUGGAUCGACCGAACGUCCAAUUUUCCAUGGCACCGCUAAUUUUCUCGACAUUUACGUGUUAUUUUUGUACGGUGUAAUAUGACGGAUUUUUUCCCACAGGUGUCAAGUAUGCGAUGAUCUCUAUGAAACUGAUGAUGAUCGCGUUGUUGCGCCGGUACAGCGUACACACGGAAUGUAAAAUGUCGGGGAUCGAAAUGAAAAUUGAUUUGCUAGCGAAAAAGGACAACGGUUACCCGAUCACGAUCCGGCCGAGGGUGAAUGUUGUAUAA